AAUUAAUGAUGGUCAAUAUUAGAAUUAUUCCAACUAUGCAACACUUAUCAGUAGCAUUUGAAACUGAAAUAACUAUUGAAGAUCUAAAAGAGUAUUUAUUCGAAGAAUACGAUCCAAAGUAAUAUUUUUUUUUUAGUUAAAAAGUUUUAUGUUAAAAAGGUUUAAAAAAAAUGGAUGGAGGUGUUAUUCAUAAUAAAGGUAAUGCUUUUUGUAGCCUUAUUAACAGUUGGGAAAUUACCAUGAGGAUACUUUAAUAUUUUAUUUUGAUGAAAGUUCUGAAAGCUAAGAAAAAUAAGAGAGCUCAGAAAGCGAAAAUAUUAUAUAAACUUAAUCAAUCAUAAAACCUUUAGAUGAUAGCAUUCAUCACAAUAUGAAUCAAAAAAUUGAGGAUUCUAAUUUAGAAGAUAACACGAAUAAUAUUAUCAUUCAUAUUAUUGUGUAUUUUUAAUCCUCUACAUUUGCUGUAGAAUUAGACUAAAAUUCUAAAAUUCAAGAAAUCUUUGAUGAACUUAUUAAUCAUUAUAAUUAAAAACAUAAAAAAUUAAAUAAAAAUGAUAAUAUUCAUGAAUUAGUUUGCCAUUCAUAAUAAAGAAAUUUUUAUUUAAAAUUUGAUGAAAUAAUUGGAAAUUAUCCUAAUGAUAUUUUAACAUUUACAAAUCUAGAAAAUCUUAAUUAAAUCUCACUAAUAAAAUCAGAUUAUAUUUUUUAAAAAUAACUAUUAUCAAUUUAUGUCAAAGUGGAUUAAAGAAACCUAGAAGUGAUGGAAAUUAAUAAAAAUACAUAAAUACAAGAUAUACUAUCAUCUAUUAAGAAUAAAUACAAGUAAAAAUAUUUAUAAAUUUUAGGAUAUAAGAAAACUAUGAUAAAUGGAGAUGUUACUCAGAGGCGAGAAAAUGUUAUCUAAAUAUAUAGUAAUAAUUUGGAUAUUACCCAAAUGAUUAAUUAAUUAUCUCAACAGAAUAUGAAUUGUAAUAGUAUCAAACUCUAUAACGGAUAAAAUAAAUGAAGAACGAAAUAAAAGAUAAACUCCAAAAUAUUAAAACUUCUAUUUUAGAAGAUUUAAAUUAAAUAGAAAAAUUAAUGAUUAAUUGUUUGAAGAAUUAAAAAGAAACAAUCUUAAAGUUAUUUUCAGAAAACACAUUAGUAAAUACUUAAAAAUUACGUGAAUAUAUUCUGGAAAAAAAGAAAGAGAAUAUUAAGAUUUAUAGGAAUGCCUCGUAAUUGUAAUAAAUUACUUAAAAAUGGAGAGAUGAGUUUAAUCAAAUAGGAUGUUAAAAAAAGGUGGAAGAUUAAGAAGUCAAUUUAUUAAUUAAUAAAUAAACUAGCGGGAUUGAAUUAUUAUAAUAUCUUAAAGACUAUUUUAGCAAAAUAUAGGUAAAAAAUAAAACAGGAAUUGAUUUGCAAUGCUAUUCUUUAAAAUAUGAAAAAAUAAUUGAUUUAGAAAAUUAAUUAUCAUUAGAAGUGCAAUAAGAUGAUACUAUUGUUAUUGGAAAUUUUUUAGUGAUAUUUAGAUCGUCUGAUGAAAAUGAUUUUGAUUUGAAUGUUCAGAAAUUGUAAUGA